AUGCUGUGCUUCACAGGCUCCAGACGCACGAGGCUUUCCGUGCUCACAGGGACUCUGGUAAUUGUAACCGUGUACCUGAGCUUCAACCUCAGGGCCGGACCGGACCGCUACGAUCUCGGCUCAUACGCCCAUCCCGGCCAAGAGGACGGUGGCACUCGGCCUCUAUUCGAUAGCGAAUACGCCAAAGGAGGGCCGCCACCGGCCAGUGAGGGAGUGGCCACACAGAGCCCGCAGUCACAUUCGCAGUCGACACCACCGGUGCGGCCUGCAUCUUGUCUCGGUUUUGAAGACCUGCAAAACCGCCGGCCGAAGCCUUUCUCCGAGGGCAAGCGGAAGUUCCCGCUGGUGCGCCCGCCGCCGGAAUGCCGAACAUUCAGGCUCCCGUCCCUCGAGGCGCUGCUGGAGCGCAUGAAAGGCGUCAUCAAGGACCCGGACCUGUAUCGGCUCUUUGAGAACAGCUACCCCAACACGCUGGACACCAUGAUCAAAUGGAAGGGUUACGCGAGGAAACCGGCCCCGCCGCCAGUCGAAGGUGUCGAGCAGCAGCCAGACGUCAAAGGUGAGCUCGGGCCAGAGACGGACGAGGAGCUCACCUACGUCAUCACAGGCGACAUAGACGCCAUGUGGCUGCGCGACUCGGCGUCGCAGAUAUACUCGUACCUCCCGCUGCUCGAGGCGGACGAGUCGGCCGACUCCCUCGCCAGCCUGUGGAGGGGCCUGAUCAACUCGCACUCGCGGUACAUCAUCACGUCGCCCUACUGCCACAGCUUCCAGCCGCCGGCCGAGUCCGGGAUCCCGCCGACGCACAACGGGGCCUACAACCAAAACAACCCGCAGCCGGGCUACGACCCGCAGCUCGUGUUCGACUGCAAGUGGGAGCUGGACUCGCUGGCUUCGUUCCUGCAGAUCUCGUCGGCCUACCACCAGCGCACGGGUGACCUAGCCUUCUUUAGCCGGUACCGGUGGAUAGAGGCGGUGCGGGCGGCGGUGGACGCGGCGGCGGCCAUGACGCUAGGCACGUACGCGGCCGACGGGCGCGUGGAGAAGUCGGCGUGGACCUUUACGGGCUGGACGAACCGCGGCACCGAGACGCUGACCAACGACGGGCUGGGCAACCCAACGCGGGCUAACGGCAUGGUGCGCACGGCGUUCCGGCCCAGCGACGACGCCACCAUCUUCCAGCUCCUGGUGCCGGCCAACAUGAUGUUUGCAAAGUACCUCGAGGAGGCGUCGCUUAUCACCGACGCGCUGUCGUCGACCACCAACCGCGCCGCCGCGGCCGGCACCAAGCGGGACGAGGGGCUGGUGCGGCUCACGACCGACAUGCGGGCGCUGGCGCGGGGGAUCCGCGAGGGCAUCGCGCGGGAUGCCGUAGUGAGGCACCGCCGGUACGGCGACAUGUUCGCCUACGAAGUGGAUGGCUUCGGCAGCGCGAACCUCAUGGACGACGCCAACGUGCCGUCGCUGCUGGCCAUGCCGCUGUGGAGCUUUUCCCGGUCGGGCUGGGGCGGCGGUGGCGGCGGCAAGGUCUUCAUCGCGCCCAACACGACGUGGGAUCCGCUGGCGGUCGAGCGCGAGAUCAACAGGAUCUACCAGAACACGCGGCGCUUCGUCCUCAGCGAUGCGAAUCCGUACUUCGCCAAGGGCCCCGUGAUCUCGACGGUCGGGAGCCCGCACAUCGGGCCCGGUAGGGCGUGGCCCAUGGCGGCCAUCGUGGCGGGCAUGACGGCCUACGACGUGUCGGCGAUGAGGAACAUGGCCUUGUGGAACGUCACAGGGACCAGUCGGAAAGCCAAGGAGGACGAGAUUGAGGCGUGGCUGCAGGAGGAGGUGGCAACGCAGCUGCGCAUGGUGCUCGACUCAACGGACGGCAAGGGAGUGGUUCAUGAGAGCGUCAACUCGUGGAACGAGGGCCUGUGGACGAGAUCCUGGUUCGGAUGGGCGAAUGGAUUGUUUGGAGAGUUGAUUUUGAGGAUCGAUGAGUAUGAGAAGCGACAGCCAAAAGGGAAGAGACUGUUGUCUAGAAGUUGGCAGUGA